CUGCCCAUACAAACUGUGGGCCUGUUCAGAGGCAUUUUUUAUUUUCAUGUCAUUACAGUUUUUACAACAUCAUUGGUUGAUGAAAAUGCAACGCUUACACGUUAUUCCCAGAAAGCACAAAGAUUAUGACAAAUGCUUAGUCGAGCUGUACAAGCCCAAGAAAUUCGUGGCCGAAUCACUGACUUCGGUUUACUCAAGUCACACAACAGUUGCACCCAAUGGACUUAUUCGCACCGAUUCCGUCAGAGGCAUCGAGGAUCGCCACUUGACAGCUUCCCCUGAAUUGCCCAGCCUCCUGGAGCGCACUUCCCAGUCGCAGAACAGGAACCUCUAUGACCUAUCCCUCCGACUCAUGGAUCAGGAGGAUGCCGGCACCUCGGAGAGGUGGUCGGAUGAAAGCAGGACUCAACGUGUGGACUCAGGCCGGGAUACAGUGAAUCGGAAUGGUCAGGGUGAUGAAAGGGCCUUCAAUCUAAAGGAGCGUUUAAAAGUUAGGGAACGUCUGAAGGUGAAGGACGCCGGAUACUACAGAAAAAGGAUGCUCUCUAUUUCUAACAUGAAGGGCACUAACAAGAAGAAUCAAAAAAAAAAUAGAGAAUAUGAUGAAAAUGUGGUCGGACCCCUGAAUUCAAAACCAUAUCGUAAGCUAAGACGCUGGAUUCCCGAAAGCUAUGAAUCCCUUUGUGCCCAACCAGUAAUCCUGCCUUCAAAAACUCCUGAGGUCCCAACAAACCAGACAGCGCUCAACAUACAGGAAGUCAAAGUCACACCGCAGCCAGUGGAGUCCGAUACAGAUGUGGAAUCCUUUAGAUACUCCGACAACCCAAUGAAAACCUUCAGAGCAAUCGUUGGAAGAGCAGCUCAGAAUACUGGAGCCCAGAAUCAGGAAACUCUUGAAAAUAUAAGUUUAGGAAAAUUACUAAGGGUCAGGGCUUCGCAGCAGUUUCAUCAUUUGCUGAACCUGAUUGAUGAUCACUACAAUUAUAGCUUGCUCUUGCUGCUGGCCACCUUGGCUUACUUGGUCUAUAUCCUGUGGUACGAUAUUAGUGACAAUUUGAACGAGGAAGGCCGGUAUCUGGGCAAAAUGAAAACCUCUGGACUGCCGAUGAAGUGUUUCUACUAUUUGAUGCGUCUGCUCAGAGCACCCAUUUUUUGAUGGGCCAGAGAAUGUGAAGAUUUAAACCAAACAUUUUCCAUUUUCAUAGCAACAGCGCACUCUAUUAUUCAGUUCUAUUUCAAUGGCGAAAUAUUUAUUGUAAAAUAUUUAUAAAUGGAUAUUUUGGCUGUUUUUUCGCUCCCCAACAAAGUGUUGAAUGGGACUCGCGCUCCAACGCCUCUUGCACGCUGCCACGCCCCUCAUUUCCCACCUGAAUCGCCUGGUGCCAGGCUAACAAAUGAAAAACAAAUAUUAAACUGUGUUGUUUUGCCAAAAUAGUACCAAAAGCCCACACGCACAAACACACACACACAAGAGCGCUCACAGAGUCCGCGGAAAUUGUAAAGUGUU